UCUGGAAGUACUAUAACUUAUUACAGUCUCUAUUUAGUCAUAUAACCGACAAUCCGAAAUUUCUCUGAAUUUUUGUAAGUUUUUGAAUUUUUUUUGUAAUUUUCUAACAAAUGGCUUUGGCCGACGUUUGUAAGAUAACUCUUGCCCCGUAUAUGCGGCGAUCCAUGUACGACCUGUACGAUGAUCAGCAAGGACUGAGGGCCAGCAGCAGCAACUUCGAGGAUCCCUACAACCUGGCACCACCUGGUCCCUACAACCUGGGCCUCAUCGAUGCCCAGGCCCAGCAGACUGGCAUCAAAAUCGAUUAUGAUCCUGGAACUACAACGGUUGGUGUCCAGUACCAGGGUGGUAUUAUCCUGGCCGCCGAUUCCCGCACCACCAAUGGCUCGUACAUAUCCUCGCAGUCGGUAAAGGGGGUCAUAGAGAUCAGUGAUUCGAUGCUGGCGACCAUGGCAGGAAGGGCAGCCGACUGCACGUACUGGCUGAGGGUUCUGAGGCGGGAGUGCCGCCUCCAAGAGCUGCGCUACAAGCAGACCCUCUCCGUGACGGCCACAAGCAAGAUCAUCUUCAAUAUCUGCUACAGGCACCGGAAGCGGGGCCUCGACCUGGGCGUAAUUCUGGCCGGGCAUGGGGGUGUCAAGGACGAACUGGAGCUGUACUACGUGGACUCGGACGGGUAUCGCCAGAAGGGCAAGCUGUUUAGUGUGGGUAGUGGAUCGGAGGUCGCCUAUAGGAUCCUAGACGCAGAAUACGACUGGGAGAUGAAGGAUGAGGUGGUCCACGAACUGGUUCAACGGGCCAUAUACUCCUCCGCCCUCCAGGAUGCCAUCUCGGGAGGCUCGGUGGUUGUCUACCAGGUGACUCAGUUGGGCUGGAAGAUGAUCUCCGAGACGGACUGCGCGGACCUCCACGAGAAGUACCAGGGUCAGAUGAAGGGAGAGGACACGGACUCUGAUCCCUCGCCUCCUCCUUCUCCUUCCCCUCCUCUAUAGGAUAUUUAAUUCCUAAUGUUUGUAGUUAUCCCGGAAAAAUACAAAAAAUUCUAUGUGAGUUAGAACCAUAAGCUUGA